ACAGUCGAUGAAAAUUCAGUCCGACUUUUUUGUGUAACAGAAUUACCAAAUUUACUAUAAAACAGAACCGAUUGUAAAACUCGCUCAUUGAGAAGAAAAAACAUAUAAAAUACUUUCAUCAGCUUAUAAAAUUCAAUAUUUACCUUACCGCUCAUAAAUCUUCUGAGAUUCAUUUUGUAUUAUUAUUUGCAAACUCAAAAUAUACACUCAACAAGUUUGUGGUAUAAACAGUACUGGGUUUGUUAUCUAAGCAUCUAGCCAAAGCAUAAAUUGUUCCAAAAAAUUUUACCGAUAAACAAACAAAACAACAAAAAAUAAUUUUGAAGAAGGAGAAGUGAAGAUGGGAUUGACCUUCAGUGAUUUAGUGAAGACGUGUUGUUACUCUGAGAAGCAACAGUUUCACAACUAUGACUCAUCAAUCGUGAAUGAACCCCUGCUUGGAUUGUGGCGACCCUCGAAUGGGGGGUGUACGUCUUUGCAACAGUGGGUGCAGUUAAAUGUUGGAAAAAACAGCCCCCUAGCUACAGGGGUGUUGAGUGAUUUUUGGGCUACAGUUGAUGCUCAGAACACUAAGACAGUCUGCUCUCCGGCUGACCAGAUUAGUGCUUUGGUUCAUCUGGCCCAUCUGGAGGGACUUCGAGUUCGUGCAGUUGGAACAGGCGCCUCGUGGAGCGGGGUCACCAAAGGUCAAGAUAUCCUAGUAGAAACGACAUGUCUUGACCAAAUCACGAGUAGUCGUCCAGGUUUUGUGUGGUGUGAGAGGGACCAGAAGAGCUACAACACAGUGUCAGUCCAGAGCGGCAUGUUGGUGAAAGACUUCUGCCAGAGGAUAGAUGAGAACUUCGGGCUGGCUCUCCCGGUGUUGGGAAACUACGCCGGACAGACUGUGGGCGGUCUGGUUGCUACUUCCAGUCAUGGAUCAUCCAAGCACUGCAUGACUAUGGCAAGCUACGUGCACUCUUUGCAUCUAGUCACGGAAGGGGGAGUGAAGAUCAAACUAAGAUAUCAGAAGCCGAAUGAAAAGCCGACAAGUCUCGACCAAGUGUCCAAACUCAUCUCCGAACGACUCGCCAAUUUCUCUCCAUUCCACGAACCCAUCGAAGUAGCCAACGACUUCAUAACCGAAUCGGCGAUCGUGUCACUCGGCUGUUUUGGAGUCGUUUACGAACUUGAGUUUUACUGCGAGGCGGCGUACGAUAUCGCCGAGACCCGAAUAGCGUUUGAAAUUCCCGAAAAGUGCAUUGACUCGUCCGAAGGCGUGAUCACUCUACCUCAUAUAAUACGAAACGGUCUCGGAAUGUACCCGAGUAGCAAAAAAGACAUUACAAACUGCAACAACGACAAAGACUCAAACUUUUUCUUCUCGUUUUUUGUAAACCCCAUUCCAACCGACAACAACUCGAUUAGAUGCACAAUACUACAGGGCGCUAAGGUUUCACGACUGAAGUGUUCGGGUGAUGUCUCGGCUCAAACCCGAGUGCAGUCAUCAAACCGAAAUGAUUCGUUAAAGCGAAGUGAAUCGCCAAAAACCGAAGUAAAUUUGAGCGCCGAAAAGUGUAGUUGUGCUUUAUGUUGGAUCACGUGCGGAAAUGUAUGCGAAAGAAGAGGUCUUAACACGACGAUUCAGCUGAUUCAAAAGGACAUAGCGGCCGCUGGUUUGCACACUAUUUCCUUAUUUGGUAGUGAAUCUAUGAAACGGGAGGCCACUACUUUCGCCAUGUAUGGAUUCGAACACUCAGCUACUCGAAUUGACAAGUGGUUCGAAAUCUUGCAGAUAACCCAAGGACAUAUACAUAUCCGUACUGCAGAAUGGUGCAUGCCAUUAGAAGACCUUGAGAAGGCGCUUUACGAGGUCAUCUCACUUAGCCGAAAGCACUCGUUGAAGUAUGGCACUACAACUUCACUACUUCCUAUCUUCGUCAGGUGCAUGCGAGCCGACUCUCUUCCCCUCUCGCCCGCGAGUGAAAUGAGACCCGACGGAGCCACCCGAUGCACGCACUACGCAUUCAUAGAACUUCCUUUUCUGCCUGGCUCUUACGGCGUGGACGAAUACCACCAACUGCUUGAAGCCAAACUCGGAUCCAGGUUUGGAGCCAGACCCCAUUGGGCCAAAAACAACUUCCUGUCCUCCCCCUCAGUGCAAACAUUAUACCCAAUGUUGUCCCGGUGGCACGGAGUCGCCGACGUGUUCAACCGGUCGAACACUUUCUCAAACGUCUACUCGCAUCAGUGUGGGUUGACUUCGCCUAUUGACCUCCAGACAAGAAUAACCCAGCCCACCUCAAAAAUCAUCGAACCAUCAAACCCCACGACGCGAGUUCCAACAUCAAUAUGUAUGCUAGAAAGCCCAGAAAAUGGCAUCAGCUUCGUGGCUUCGAAUUAACUUUAAUAUGAAGUUAUAACUAGUUAAAGUUUUAGAUUUACUUCUCUAGUUAUUCCGAUUGAAGUGUGAAUGCUUAAAGGAAUAAUUUGGAUGCAGUUUUUUGUCAUUAGAAAUUUUAUCAGUUGUAAUUGUCCAUUUACUCAUUUCGUGAUUUAUCCAAAUCAAUG